UCCCCCACCAUUGGUCUCUUGCCUUUUUUUUGACUGACAACGACGAUUUUGAAUCUAAGGAACUGGGGAUAGAAUGAAUAACGAAACAAGUGGCAGUCGUGACAUGAUUCUAAAACACUUUGACUCCACGCAAAACAACCAGAAUUCGGUAAAGCUGGAACACGAGUCGUCAGAUAACAAUGAAUCGUCAGGCUCCCAGAACUUUGUAUUCAACUUUUUAAUGAGCCAACUGCAAAACAUGGGUCCAGUGGAGAUAAAACAAGAAGUAGAGGCGAAGAUGUUGGAUGAUAUAGAAGAUGAGUACACUGAUAAUAAUUACAAUGAAGGCUACUCAAAGAUGGAUACAGAUGGGGAUUUGGAGUGGGAAGAGGAAUUUAAGAAAUUGAAUAAAGAUCCGAGUAAGAUGGACAAGAGAGAACAGGAACGUCACCGUCAAAUGGCCAAAAACCGUGAGUACGCCCGAAAGUGUGUUCAAAAGAAAAAAGAUCAACGAAAGCAUGCGGAAAUUCGAAGUAAUCAAAUCAAAAAACGCAUUCAACUUCUCAAAAAUAAAACGGCGAUAAAAGAGAAAAAUGCGAAUUUUGCAGUGGAUUUGAGAAAAAUGAUGUCAGAAAUUGGAGUAGAACGGCUGAAAUUGGAAUAUGAAAAUGAGAAAAUGGAAUUGAAUAAGAAGUUUGCUGAAAUGUUUGCACAGGAUGAAACUGUUAAUUUGAAUUUUCAUAGGCUCGCCAGUGCUCGAGAAGAAUUUGAAAAAGCUGCUGAAGACCUACGUCUAAAAAACGGAGUAAUUGGGACUUUAGGUUCCCGAAAAAUCCGAGCAAAGCAGCAAAUGGAGUGGAGACAGCAUUUGUAUCAAAUAUCUGCACAUGAACAUGAGCAUCAUCGUGAGACAAAACUUGCCGAGUUGGCAGACGAAUAUGUUAAGCAAACGGUACCAAAAGCUGCUCCCCUAGUCACCUCAAUUCCUAAAGACAUGUUAGAUCAACUAAUUAAAAACAAUAAAACUUUGGAUUUGGAAGAGCUGUGCCGUUUUGUUGCUGAUAAUUUGUGUUUGUUACAAAAUGAUAAUGAUGAUAAAGAAUCUGUUGUUAAAUAAAUUAUGGAAUUU